UCUGGUUAUCGUUCCUGCCUUUAUCGCUGAAGAUUCGAAAUAAACGCUGCACAGUCAGGUGAUAUAUGUGCAAUUUGUUGUUGCAACGAGGCUGACAUUUCUGUAUUUUCCAGCCGCACGUGUUUUGAACGGAGAUGGUUUCCGUGUGGGAAAGUGUCGUGACUCUGCACCAGAGGAUCGUGGACAAUGGAGAUAAGCGAACUGACCCGUGGCUGCUGGUCUACUCUCCGGUCCCGGUGGCGCUGAUUUUCCUGCUGUACCUCUGCGUGGUCUGGGCCGGCCCACGCCUGAUGAAGCACAGAGAGCCUGUUGACCUCAAACUGGUUCUCAUUGUUUACAACUUCGCCAUGGUGGGCCUGUCCGCCUACAUGUUCCAUGAGUUCCUGGUCACGUCCUGGCGCUCCAGCUACAGCCUCCUGUGUCAGCCUGUAGACUACAGCAGCAGUCCGCUGGCCCUCCGGAUGGCUCGAGUCUGCUGGUGGUUCUUCUUCUCCAAAGUCAUCGAGCUCAGCGACACGAUUUUCUUCAUCCUGAGGAAGAAGAACAACCAGCUGACGUUCCUUCACGUUUACCAUCACGGCACCAUGAUCUUCAACUGGUGGGCAGGAGUCAAGUACGUGGCUGGAGGACAGUCGUUCUUCAUUGGCCUGGUCAACACCUUCGUCCACAUUGUGAUGUAUUCGUACUAUGGCCUGGCAGCUGUGGGUCCACACAUGCAGAGGUACCUGUGGUGGAAGAAGUACCUGACCUCCCUGCAGCUGGUGCAGUUCCUGCUGUUUCUCCUCCACACGGGCUACAACCUUUUCACCGACUGCGACUUUCCCGACUCCAUGAACAUCGUGGUGUUUGGCUACUGCGUCACCCUCAUCAUUCUCUUUAGUAACUUCUACUUUCAGAGCUACAUCAACAAGAGAAAACAAAAAUAGUGAGAUCUCCACUUUGGGGAGUCUCGCUGCAGUACUCGCCUCUCGUCAGCAGAGGACAGCAGAAGCUAGCAAGCUUCAUCAUGGUGCUCAAAAUCUAAGAUAAGCUCACUGAGAUUUUGUGAAAUGUGAGGCACACACGAACAACUUGGAUCAAACAGGUAUUUAUUUCUUGACUUGAGAACUGACAAACUGUAAACAAACUGUACAUUUUAUACAUAUAAUAAUAAAGUAUGGUGAAGUAUUUGGAUUCAUCUAACUCCUCCCGCGACACAUUCAAAAAGCAAUAAGAAAAAAUGAGCAAGAUUAUUUUCCACAGCUAAAAUAACACAGCAAAUAUGAUAUAAUCUCUACACGUCAGUCUAGAGCAGAUUACAGGAGAGAGGAAGGCGCGACGGCGGUGAAGUACAAGGCUGGUUUGAACACUUCCACAAGACAUUUUAUUUUGGGGCUCAAAACUUCCAUUAGCACACCUUUGUUAUUUCAUCGAAAUGUUCCCCAUGUGUGGCGGUGGGAUGUGAAACGUGAUGAAGACAGAGUUCGUUUCAAAUGCUUUUCUUCCACAGUAAGGAAGAAUCCUUCAAUGGGCAAGACUUUUCCAGACUUCCCAAUGGCACAUGAACGCACCACCGGUCAUCAGAUGUUUUCCAGAGGUUUGACGGAAUCAGACUCGCACGUACCAUUAGCUAAGAAACUGACACAAAUAUAGCGUCAUCAGCAAAAUGAAUGGCUACUUUCAUAAUACUUCUCAGCCCUUCCUAAGAGCCGCUUGGCGCCCACUCUGCCUCCUAGUUGGUACAGCAGGUUCUCAUCACCCUUUCUUGAAUGAGCUAAGCUUUUUUUUCUUGUCUUUUGACGAAACUUAAUUUAAACAGAGGCAGCUCAAUUUUUUUUCUCUGUCCACAACUUUAUUUAAACUGUAAUAACACUUGACUUAUUAUUAUCUUUUGCCAUUGAUGUCAUAAAACCCCCUAAAAAGGUGCCAUGUAUGUAUGUAAAUAUACUCCCAUUUACAAACUACGACCACUUACAUCAGGAAAGCUUCCUAUGGUCACGUGAUGUCAUGCACUGCUGUAACUGAAGUCAGAGCGUACUGGCCCUCAGAAUGGGGUGAUUGCAGCCUGCUGUACCAAGGAGGCGACACUGGUACCCUACAGGCCAAUAUGUACGACGGCACUGGUCAUUGCCUGGACUGAUAACUGACAUAGGUAUCAAGUAAAAAUAUGGGAAGUGCGUGGCGACU